AUGGACCGUUACGGGCGGCGUUACGGGCGUGAUCCUCCUCGAUCUGAUUCAUUUUCUCGACUGCUUGGUGCUCCUACUCCUGUUGCGGAGGAGGAAAAGAAAGAAUCAGAAGGCGAAGAAGAAACUCAGGUUGAGAUGGAAGUAAUGCAUGAUAGAGGAUUGCAAGAAUUUGAAAUUAUUUUUGCAGAGGUGGACGAUCAACAAAGACCACCAGCAAAGGUGAACUUUGAGCUCGAAAUUAGCGAAAGGACGCUCGUUGAUCAUGACAGUGACAGUCAAACCGAGGGCUCUCGCAAAGGCGAAAUGGAAGUUGAAGAACAAGAAGAAUCAGUCGCGACCAUAAAACGCUCAGAACCUGCACCUGAUCCAGAAGCGGAGCCGGAGUCGGAUGAAGUAGCCGCGGCAUCAGAGGAUGAUUCAUUCGUUAAGAAUUGGGUGCAGAUACCGCUGCUUGGACGACCAUAUGAUGGUGAACUGGGGCAAGAAGGAGAUCUGGACUUUCAUCUGAGUGAAUUCAUGACGUCAUGCAAAGCGCCCCCACCGCUGGAGGCUGUUCCGACGGAAUGGGAUACAUUAAGUGAUAUAAAGAGCUUAUUGGACGGGUUUUCUCAAAAGCAGGGUCUGUUCGACAAAUUCGUUGCCGAAAUUCGCGAGCAUGGAGACAAUACAGAAUGA